CACCGAGUUCUUCAGAUGAACCAUCCAUCCAUGGCCCAAUCGAGUUACCGAAAAUUUCCAGAAAUAGAGCGUACCUCGUAAAAAAUAAGCAAAGAUUCUUUAUUACAACAGGCGCAACAUAACCAUGUGUGGACGAACAGCCUGCACAUUGUCACCCAAUGAGAUUGUUGCAGCCUGCAGGUUUAAAAGUGCAAAUGGUGAACAAAAUUGUCCUCAAUGGAUGGAUGCUGCAAAUGGACAAAAAUACUAUCCUUCUUACAACAAGGCACCUACCUCAUACACCCCUGUUCUUUUAUCAAGCCAACAUUUUGACAAUUCAGAAAUCUCUGCUAAGUCUGAGCGUGUUGUUCUUCCAAUGAAAUGGGGUCUCACACCAUCAUGGCACAAAGGAGACCCUUAUAAAAUCCCAUAUGAAACAAAUAAUUGCAGAGCUGAGGGUAUGCUAGAGAAGAGAACAUACAAAGUUCCUUUACAAAAAGGUUAUCGAUGUGUUAUUUUGGCAGAUGGCUUUUUUGAAUGGAAAACAUUAAAAGAGGGGAAGCAACCCUACUUUUUCUACUUCAUGCAACCAGAAACUGUGCAAUUUCCCUUCAAAAUUAUACCAGACAAUAGUGCCAGUAAUUCAAAAAGUGAAAUAAAAGAAGAAAAUGAAUCAAAGCCACCAAAACUGCAACCAAAAGUUGAAACAAAUGAAACUGUAUCUCUUACUAAUUUAAAAGAAGAAAAAGCAGAUGAAGAUAUAAAGACAGAACUAACAGAUGUCCAACAAGAAAGUGAAAAGUCAGACUAUACCAAUCUCAGUAGCAAGAUUGAAGAGUGGCAUGGUCCAAAACUCUUGACAAUGGCAGGUGUCUUUGAUAUUUGGAAGUCUUCAGAUGGUUCGCCUCCCUUGUAUUCCUACAGCAUCAUCACUGUGUCCGCCUCAUCUGACAUGGACUGGUGUCAUCACCGCAUGCCUGCAAUUUUAUCUACACCCGAAGAGGUUAAUGAUUGGCUGGAUUUCUCAAAUGUUCCUCUCAAUAAGGCGUCUGCUCUCAUCAAACCACAGAAGUGCCUGAGCCACCACCCAGUCUCAAAGGCUGUCAACAACUCCAGGAACCACACACCUGACUGUCUCAAACCAGUCAAGCUUGGAGAAACCAAACCAAAUCCUAGCAGUAACUUGAUGAUGAGCUGGUUAAAAACAGGUUCCCCAGCAAAGAAGAGAAAGAUCUAAUUGUUCGACUGAUCAUUUUCACUUUCAGAUCUGUUACAUCAAAAGUUUUUAUUAAAAUUGAAUCCCUUAUUCUGUUAUAAAUUGCAUUCCUAUUUUGAAGUCAUAAGAAGUGAUCAAAUUUUUUUUUUACAUCACAAAAAGUGUCUAAUUUUUAUAAUUAAAAAAUAUUAAGAUUUAUAACAACCUUUUAAAAAUUAAUGACAAGUAUUUUUGACCAUGUGAUGUACUUCUCUUAGCUUUAAAUGAAACAUAAGUUAUAUCAAAAUAACAGGUUGUAAAUAAUUUUUGUCAACUAUUCAGUAUAGCUCAUAAAUACUUCCCUGUUUUGUAUUGUAUUCAUUUAUUUCAACUCCAUACUGUGUUCAGAAAAAUAUGCCUAAUCAGGAAUUGUUUCAAAUGUUUACCUAAUUUUGUAUUGUUUUUAAAGAUGUGUUCAUUGGAUAUACCCACUGCCAUUUACUUUGAUGCUUAAAAAUAAUUCGUGUUUUAUUGAAGAAUACUAAACAGUAGAGAUAUUAUUGUUGGAUUUUUUUACUGCUGUUAACUGUUAUGGCUUUUUAUGCUCCAAAAUUAUGUCUAAUUGUUUAUUGGACUGAUACCUAUGUUAUUUGAA